CUAAUUGAUACGGGAGGAAAGGGGGAACAGCUGACGGACCAGACAACCUAAACACAGACAUCUUUUCAUUUCAAAUGGGCGAUUUGACAAAAACACAAUAUCAGUAUGACAUAAAUUGAACGGGCAAGUGAGAAUUGGGAAAAAUCAAACGCGUAUUAAUACUUUCGUAAGUCAUAUCCAUUCAAAACGUUAGUGAAACAGUUCUCUAUCCAUUUCAACAACAGUGACGUCAUGUGAUAUCCAAAGCAUUUUCAUGGGUGUUCUGAUUAAAGAUUAUCAAUGGCAAAGAAUCAGAGUUCUUGGAGCUUUCAGAUAAAGAAUAAAACGUGUCUUCAAUAAUGAGUUAUUCAUUAGGGAACAGUAUCAUGGUCUCAACUCCAAACUCUUUUGGGGGCCUGCCAAUAGACAACAGAAUGAACUGUAGAUUGAAUGAGAACAACAAUGACCAUAUGAUGAUGAAUGGGAAUGAUAAAAUACAAGAAAUAUGGAACCAGCAUAUUUUCAAGCCCGAAAAGGUUGAGCAAGCUCUCAACCAAAAUAAUAUUAAGGUCAGCAGUUGGAUAAAUGAGAACAUAUCUGAACAUCAGGAAGAUCUGGUCCAAGAAAAGAUAAUUGAGGUGCAGGAAAUAGAAGACGAACCUUCUGUAGGACGAGUGGAGGAGUCUGCUAAGGAAGAACAAAACGGAUCACCUUCCCAUCAUGCUCGAAGACCAAUGAAUGCCUUUCUCAUAUUUUGUAAGAAACAUAGGCCUAUAGUUAGGGAACGUUUUCCCAAUUUGGAGAACCGUGGCGUUACCAAGAUUCUAGGAGAAUGGUGGUCUUUGUUAGAAGAGGGGGACAAAACUCCAUUCACCAAUUUAGCGAAUGAAUACAAAGAUGCCUUUUUGACAGCAAACCCCGAUUUCAAAUGGUACAAAUUACCGGCGCCACCAUUGAGAACCCUAACAGUCCGACCACCACAAAUAUUUACAAAGUUACCUUCGCCACAGUCCAGUCCUAGUCACGCUAAUCUUCAAAAUUUUAAUGAGUUCAACCCUGGCAAGUUGGCCGAUGAGAGUCAAUUGGGGAGCCUGACUACCCUUAUGAACAAUAAUUUCUCGUCUGCCAUCACCAAAUUGACUGAUUGCUGUGAAAACAGAAAAACUCCAAGUGAAAGUCCAAUGUUCGAAUUGGGCGAGAACAACAACAAAUUAGAACUAUGUGAUACCUCUCUACAAAGUCCAGUCAAUUUGAUUAAAGCAGCCGUUCUACCUCCGAAGCCUAUUAAAAAGAGGAUAUUCCAACAAUUUUCAGAAAGCAAUACCAAAGAAGUGUCUAGAAAUAUUGUUGUAACUGAAGACAACGAAAACAGUAAUAGCCCCCAAUCAGAGCACCAAAAAAAACAAGAAAACAUGACUAAUCAGGAUAUUGUGAAUAAAGUUGUCGACAAAAUGCUCAUCGAUGAUGCUGCUGAUUUCAAUAAAUCAGAUCUGGAAAGAGAAAAUACAAGAAAGUCAGGAAGACAGUGCAAAGGGAAGAGGUACGAGAAGUUUAUGGUUGAAGGAAAGUUAUUAGGUAACAAAAAGGAACCCAAACUGACCCAACACAAGAUAUCAGAUACUUCUAAUCCUGAGAAGCCGAUGUCUGAACGUAAACCAGAAAUCGUAACACCAAAUCUCGAAAACACCAUUAGGCGCUUAGCGGAACGUACAAAAUUAUCUGUCAUUCAGAAUGAAGAAAACGAGGUGUUGCAUCUUUCAACGAAAGACGAUAAAGAGGAACGUUGCGGUUCCGAAACAUCGGAACCGUGUUCGGGUUCGAAUUUCAAUCUCGACCUAAAAAUCGGUAAUCUUCCAUGCCUUAGCUAUGAAGCUUUUGUUCAGAGAAAGCGUGAGAGCAAAAAGAAAAAAUUACGAAAAGUUAGCAGCGAAAAUCUGAGGAACGGUGAAAAGAGGGUCAAAAAAGCGGAACCUCUCGUUGGUUCCAAGAAGAGGAAGAACAAACAUAGCAUCACUCACUUGGAAAAGAAGCAGAAAACGGAUUUCAUCAGUGAUCUAGCAGGUUUGGCAACACUGGCCGAAGUCGCGGCAAAUACUCAAAAAAUCAACGAAACUUAAUAAUCUCAUUGAGUAUUAACGUCGUUCUGUAGAAAAAAAAUCGAUUCAGUAUUUUUGAAAGUGCUUGAAAAAAUCGUUCAACAUCACUAUCUUACAUUAUUUUCCACUGAGCAAAUUUCGAAUUUAAUGUUCGAAUCUUGCAGACUUACAUUGCUUUCAAAUUAAAAAAAGAUCAUGCUUUCUUACAAAAAAUCGAUUCCCUGCCGAAACUAUUUUCUUAAUCAUCUAUAGAAUACUCAAACAGCAGGAACCUUGCAAAUUUUCUGUGAUAUACCUGAAAUAUUCAUGAAAAUAUAAUAAUGGUACAAAAAACUUCACCUUUUUUGUGAUUUUUCCCAAUGGUUUUGGACUUCAGUUCGCUUCCGCCAAUAAAAUUAAUUUAAAAAAAACUUCAGAGGAUAAUUUAGUCCAUAAAUGUCAUUAUAUCAAAUCUUCAAUUUUUCGGAAGGAGUUUCAUUCUGUGAAAGAAACUGCAAAAAAUUCUAAUCGGCCAAAUUUUUAUAAAAUCACUCUGUACACAAGACUGAUGAUAAAGAGAUGAUGAAGUUCGCGAAAAUAUUCCAUUAUUUUUGCUUCUUAGUUUUAGAAUCUUUUAGGGUUGUUUCUUUGCUUUCGAUGGAAGCAUGUUGGUGUGUUGCUGAAGUGGAAUAGAAACGUAGCUAGUGAUGAAUGGGCCAUUUUUAAAGAUUUUAAUAGAUAAUUAGUCAGUGCCUCAAUCUUCAGGUAAAUUUAGUGGGCCAAUAACUGUUUUCUGAGAUUUCAGUACACUUUGUGUUUACACUAUUCACCGCACAAAGCUUGGAAAUUACUUGAACAAAGGCUGUGUGACCUAGUAUUCAUUUUUUAUCAAAAAUUUUUUAUUUCAGAGUAAAAUUCUAUUUUGAUUUGGAUUUCGGAAAUGGAGACUAGAGUUUGUUUUGAUUUGAAAGAAAAAAAUUUUGUUUUACGAUUCAUAUUUGCUCUGGAAACAUUCCAAAUAAUUUGCUCCUAAGAUAAUCUGCAAAAUUCUAUCUUUUUCAACACUUUGUCCAAAAUAGUGUAAAUACUCUGGAUAUUUACAGUCGGAUCUAUAGAAGUUUUUUUUUUGCGACAAUUCAAUGCAUAUCUUAAGAAAUAUCUCAUCACUUGAAUUUAUCCCAAGAGUUGCUAUUAUGGAAUAUGGAAUUUUUUUGGAAAGUUCAAAUACAUAUAUGAUUGUUAAUGAGUCAGAAUAAGAAUUUGUUGUAUUGUGAAAUGAUAUGGUUUAUUAAGAAGAUAUAUUCUCUAAAAAUAAUGGACAACGAAUUUAAAAUUCAGAAUCGUUAAAUUUGAAUUGAAAUUGCCAUUUUCCAGCCACUUUUUUUGCUUAGGUAUUUCAUGAAUUACAAAUGCAUAUGCGAUUCCAUAAUUUUAAAGUCGUUGAUUUUAUAGCUUCAGUUAUUUUUUGAUAAAUGUAUGAUUAUUUUUAUUAUCUAUUCUCAUUUUGUAAAUUUAUUAGAUAUUAAUCUGUUGUGUUUUUGGCGAGUUUAAUCUGCAGGACAGACAUUUCAAACAGAAAUUCCGAAGAUUAACUCGCAAAUACACAAGUACUAAAACAUUGUUACAUGUUGAAGUUUUAAUAUUUUAACCCAUAUUAAACCAAAUGUUAUUUUUAUUAAGUGUUGUGUAUAGUUUAUGAAAUGCAAUAAUUUCCCAAAUACCAGGAGGAGUAUAUGCAUGUAUUGAUUAUUGACUAGUUUUAAGGAAACAUACUUCUUCCCUUAGUCAUAUUGACAGUUAUGAAGAAAAUAGUUUCGCUUUUACCUGGUGAAUAUUAGCAUUUUGCAAGGAGCGAAUUUUUCCAAACUCAUAACUGUACUAAGAAAUGACCAAAAAUAUUAUAUUAAGCCUUAUAGGUGUAGCAAUUAUCAAAAAGUUAUAUUGCAUGGAGAAAAAAUAUUGACCAAUAACCUAUAGGUUGAAAAUAGUCAAAGUGGAAUUGCUAGAGAGACUUUUGUGGUGAUCUAAAGGAUGUGAUACUAUUUUUGUACAGAACGCAGUGGAAGAGUUAAAGAUUUAUUUAUGAGAUGUUUGUAUAGAUUGUGCCUUUUAUUUAUUUAUAUGGAAUAUAUUAUACUAAAAAUUCAUGCCUUGUAGAGGUCAUCUUAUGUAUCAAUUUUAAUAAAGAUUUAUUACCUA